UCUGAGAGUUGCCCUGGCGACCAAAUUGUUGUCAAUCCGCCAGUGGCGUAAAAACCUAACCUUCAGCGGAGAUGGAAGGAAAGGAGGCGCCGGCGCCGGUGAUCUCGGCUGUGCUCGAAGACGAUGAUCUCCUCGGCGAGAUCCUCCUCCGCGUCGCCUUCCCCACCAGCCUCGUCCGCGCCGCCCUUGUCUUUGGGGUCAAUUCUUGGUUCCUUUUCUGGGAGUGGGAUGGGGUCCUCUACCUGUUUGAUAUUAAAGGUAAGGAGGCAAAGAAGGUUUAUGAGGUUACACAAGAGGAUAGAUACAUACAUGGAGUCAGACCCUUCAUGAUGGUUUGGCCUCCUAAAUUCCCUAUGAUGAAGGAAGGGUACUGUGAUCCAAAAGAAUGA